CCACACACGAGCAAGCCUGGACCGUGCACUGCGGUGUGCAUCAAACGCUGGGAAAAGUUCCUCGACAAAAAUCACCCUCGGUAGAUGGUGUUUUGAAACGGAAUUGAGGUCCCACCAUCACGGGCGGUUGUAGCCAGCUCGCGUUGCAAAGUCUUCUUGCAGGAUGAGAAAGCUAAUUCGAUCGCUGCGUUUCAAACCUAAACAAAACGACACGGCAUCGAUUCGCAGGGAGAAAAUCAGAAGGAACGCGGAUUACAGGAUCCAUGUAGAGCAAUGAACAAUGGCCCAGCUGUACUACAAAAAAGCCAACUAUUCCCCGUACAUAGACCGCAUCCCGCUGCAGAUUGUCCGUGCGGAGACUGAGCUGUCACUGGUGGAGAAGGCUUACCUCAACGCCGUGGAGAAGGGCGACUACGCCAGUGUGAAGCAGGGUCUGGAGGAAGCCGAGUUCUACUUCAACAUCAACAUCAACUGCACCGACCCGCUGGGACGUAGCGCGCUGCUCAUCGCCAUUGAGAAUGAAAACCUAGAGAUCAUGGAGCUGCUCCUAAGCUUCUGCGUGUAUGUGGGAGAUGCCCUGCUCUACGCAAUACGGAAGGAGGUUGUUGGGGCGGUCGAACUCCUGCUGCAUCAUAGGAAGCCACGUGGAGAGAAACAGGUUCCUCCUUUACUCAUGGAUGCGCAGUUCUCAGAGUUCACCCCGGACAUCACGCCUAUAAUGCUUGCCGCGCACACCAAUAAUUAUGAGAUCAUCAAGCUGCUGGUACACGGGGGGGUGUCCAUCCCCCGACCGCAUCAGGUGAAGUGCAACUGCGUGGAGUGCGUCUCCAGCUCGGAGGUGGACAGUCUCCGCCACUCGAGGUCGCGGCUCAACAUCUACCGCGCGCUGGCCAGCCCGUCGCUCAUCGCCUUGUCGAGCGAGGACCCCAUCCUCACCGCCUUCCAGCUGGGCUGGGAGCUGAAGGAGCUCAGCAAGGUGGAGAACGAGUUCAAGGCAGAGUACGAGGAGUUGUCGCUGCAGUGCAAGCUCUUCGCCAAGGACCUCCUGGACCAGGCACGGAGCUCCCACGAGCUGGAGAUCAUCUUGAAUCACCGCGAUGACCAGAGCGAAAAGCUGGACCCACAGAAGUGCCACGACCUCGCUAAGCUCAAGGUGGCAAUCAAGUACCACCAGAAAGAGUUUGUUGCCCAGCCUAACUGCCAGCAGCUGUUGGCCACGCUGUGGUACGACGGCUUCCCAGGAUGGCGACGGCGACACUGGGCGGUGAAGCUUCUGACCUGCGUCACCAUCGGCUUCCUCUUCCCCGUCCUCUCCGCCGUCUACCUGGCAGCUCCCAAGAGCAGGCUGGGGCUCUUCAUCAAGAACCCCUUCAUCAAGUUCAUUUGCCACACGGGCUCCUACCUGACCUUCCUCUUCCUGCUCCUCCUGGCCUCCCAGCACAUCGUCAAGACCGACCUCCACAUGCAGGGGCCGCCCCCGACUAUCGUCGAGUGGAUGAUAUUGCCGUGGGUGCUGGGUUUUAUCUGGGCUGAGAUCAAGGAAAUGUGGGACGGUGGAUUUAAUGAGUACGUUCAUGACUGGUGGAACUUGAUGGAUUUUGCCAUGAACUCCUUGUAUUUGGCCACCAUCUCACUGAAGAUCGUUGCCUAUGUGAAGUACAACGGCUCGCGGCCACGGGAGGAGUGGGAGAUGUGGCACCCCACGCUGAUCGCCGAGGCUCUCUUUGCCAUCGCCAACAUCUUCAGCUCCCUCCGGCUGAUCUCGCUCUUCACCGCCAACUCCCACCUGGGGCCGCUGCAGAUCUCGCUGGGACGGAUGCUGCUGGAUAUCCUCAAGUUCCUCUUCAUCUACUGCCUGGUGCUGCUCGCCUUCGCCAACGGCCUGAACCAGCUCUACUUCUACUACGAGACCAGCGCGUCCGAGGAGCCCGACCACUGCAAGGGAAUACGGUGCGCCAAGCAAAACAACGCCUUCUCUACGUUGUUUGAGACGCUGCAGUCGCUGUUUUGGUCGGUCUUUGGCCUGUUGAAUUUGUACGUCACCAACGUGAAAGCUCGGCACGAGUUCACCGAGUUUGUGGGAGCCACCAUGUUUGGAACCUACAAUGUCAUCUCGCUGGUCGUCCUGCUCAACAUGCUGAUUGCCAUGAUGAACAACUCCUACCAACUCAUCGCAGACCACGCUGACAUAGAGUGGAAAUUUGCCCGGACAAAGCUCUGGAUGAGUUACUUUGAUGAAGGUGCGACCCUUCCGCCACCUUUCAACAUCAUCCCCAGCCCAAAGUCCAUCUGGUACCUGUGUAAAUGGCUGCACGCUCAGAUCUGCCCAGGCAGCGACACGAAGCACGAGCAGAAACACGAAAACCUCAAGGAAUUUACAGAGCGACAUGCAGACGACUUGAUCCAAAACCAACACUACCAGGAGGUUAUUAAAAAUUUAGUAAAGAGGUACGUUGCAGCGAUGAUCAGAAGUGCCAAGACCGACGAAGGACUGACUGAAGAAAAUUUUAAGGAACUGAAGCAAGAUAUCUCCAGCUUCCGCUAUGAAGUUCUUGACCUACUUGGGAAUAGAAAGUCAUCUCGGAGAACGUAUUCGACCAGCAGCGAUGGCAUGCAAAUGGAUGAAGAUAGUGCAGAUGAUAAGAUCAACCAAAUAGUGUCGUUCAGCUUGGGAGGAGAAAGUAACGACAAAAAGAAGCUGAAAAUGAACUCGUUCAGCGUCUCGGCGCUCAUUAAGUCAGUUUCCGGCAUCGACCUGGAGGAGAAGGCGCGGAAUAGCCGGCUGAGCAAGCAACCUUCUACCAUCCAAAACGGCAACCGCUUGCAGGGGUACCCGAACUCCAAGGGGGAUUCCUUUAAACGUCUCGGCCUACUCUUCACCAAGAUGAACGGCCAGCUGUCGGAAACGUCUCCAGAGCCGGUCGCCAGCAUUUCCGACGGGCUACUCCAAGCGCACAACAUGUGGCAGGACUUCAGGUACACCCAGAUCCCCAGCCCCGCCAACAGGGCCAGGAGCGAGAGCAGCCUCCAUGCAGUCGGUCUCAAUGAGGCCAACACAAUCGAUAGCCAUUGUCCAACGAACCACACAGACUCAUUCCCUUGCUCUUCCAAUAUCAGUGCCUCCAGCAAUAAGCUCAUUGACUCAUCGAGUGAUGUCUAUGAUUCGUGGGGAGAAGCCUGUGACUUGCUGAUGACCAGGUGGAACAGCCAUCAAGAGGGCUAUGUAACUACUCAGUUAUAAUCGGCAAGACUACAUGGGAUAGGACUUUAUCGCAAGGCGAUUUGGGUCACAUCCACAUGGAAUUAUCUUUAAAACUAUCAAAUAUCUGGAACGCAAAAAGGCUGUAAAAAGGGGCAUUUCCUAUAAAGGAAAACCCUGCUUUCCGUAAAUUACCAGGAGAAUAGUGCGAAUACUAUCGAGCCUCAUAGCGAUCACCGUUAUUUAUCCACAAACCCCACAGCUACUUCAGGCCCAGGCACAGAAUGGAAGAGCUUGGAUUAAGAAGAUGGGCCAUUCUGCAAUUAGCUUUGCCAAGCAGCAUCUCACUGGACUGCCCAUUCAGACCCAUUGACCGACAUAAACCCCUGUCUGUACCCGCACAGCAGAUACCAAGUAAACUUGCCACAGAAAGUUGUCAUUUUAAGUCUAAAUACAUUUUUUUUUAUUGGUGUGUGAAUUACAGCCAGUAAACCUCUCUUAUACCAAAA